AGUGGGGCUUCUGGGGCUUCUCUCACUUCCGACUCGGCCAUUGUUUUCGUUUCCGCGGGCCGGGGUGGUGACCGGCGCCCGGACGUCGCCGCCGCGGUACCUCAGUGAGCGCAUCGGUGACGGGGAGGGAGGCGCGGUCGGAGCUGGGGUCGCGAGGCUGGAGCCACAACAGCCGCCCACAGCCCAAGGCAGCGACCCUGGCCUGGCCCGCGCGUCGCCCCCCGCGGCCAGCGGCGCGGUCCCUGGGAUGCUCAGAAGCCGCCGGAUGCAGCGACUCCUCUGUGACCCAUUCCCCUGACCAGCCGUGCCUGGCACGGAGCCUGGCACCUGCGGGUACAGCGAUGAACUGGGCGGAUGUGGCCAGGUGAGCCGGAAACCUGGUCGAACGCGAAAUGGAGAUGAGAUGUUUUCCCGGCCUUGCACUAGGAUACAAUAGGAAAACAUCAGAAGUGGGUCAGGCGCUGUCGGAAUUUCAAAAGUGGAGUGUGACUUGGAGACGCAAAAAUCCAGAUGAGAUAAGCUGCUGAGCAUUGGAAGCAGCAGAGGAAGUAGGUCACACUCCCAUCACCCCACACCCCCGACUCUGGAAAACAGCUCCUGAGACCUGAAUUACAGACCAUUAUCGGACAAACUGCUUUUAAUCAAACAAACUGCUGCUGGAACAAGCUUCUCUUUGGGGUCACAAUGGCCACCCAAGGCAGGGGAACGUUAGGCCUCAUCCCCAGGGCAACCGUUUUCCAGAAGCAGGAGAGGCGCCUGACCGUGAAGCAGGAGCCAGGGAGCCAGACCUGGGGGCAGGGCUGCAGUCUCCAAAAGAACCACCCUCCUGUCUGUGAAAUUUUCCGGCUACACUUUAGGCAGUUAUGUUACCAUGAGAUGUCUGGGCCACAGGAGGCGCUGAGCCGGCUCCGGGAGCUCUGUCACUGGUGGCUGAUGCCAGACGUGCACACCAAGGAGCAGAUCCUGGAGCUGCUGGUGCUGGAGCAGUUCCUGAGCAUCCUGCCUGGGGAGCUCCGGACCUGGGUGCAGCUGCAUCACCCUGAGAGUGGCGAGGAAGCCGUGGCUGUGGUGGAGGAUUUCCAGAGACAUCUCAGUGGACCAGGAGAGGUUUCAGCUCCAACACAGGAACAGGAAAUGCAUUUGGAGGAGAUGACAGCCCUUGGUGCAACAGAGGAAUCUCCUCCUACCUCACCCCUCAGUGAGGGUUCAGUCCCUGGAGCCCACCUUGAGCCUCCUCAUGACCCAGGGCCACACCACCUCCCCAAUGGGCACUCUGCUCAUGGUGCUUCCUGGGGGCCUGCCCUUCCCCAAGCGGGGCACUUAGGAGACCAAGUGGUGGCGCCUAUGCUUCGGAUGGUCCGGCCCCAGGGGUCUGCAGCGUUCGGGUUCCUGUCUGUGGACUAUCCUGAGAAGCAGUGGAAAGGUCCAGCGCGGAGUCAGAGAGGCCUGAACCGGAACAUCAUGCCGGAAACGUACCGCAGCUUUGCCUCGUUGGCAGGGGAGACUGGGAUGGAGAGUUCCGAGUUACCUCCAAAGCAGGAAAUUUCUAAAGGAUCAGAGCCAUCUUCUGAUGGGACAUCAGGAGGCCUCUAUGGGGUGGUUCCUGGGGGGCCAGAGGCUGCCGAUGCCUGUGAAGAUGCUUUAGAGAAGCUAGAAGUACAACCCUCAGAUGAGGAAGGGAGCCAACUGGAAAGUGGUUUCUUGGAAAGAACAUGUGAGGAUAAAGACAAAUCCACCAAAGAUGGAUGUGAUGAAUACGAGGAACUUGGGGAGCAUCCAGAUCUGUCCCCCAGUCCUGCAGAACGCCAAGGAGUUCUGAAGGCACAGAAAUUCUAUCAAUGUGAUGAAUGUGGCAAAGCCUUCAAUUGGAGUUCACACCUCAUUGGCCAUCAGAGAAUCCACACUGGAGAGAAACCCUAUGAGUGUAAUGAGUGUGGUAAGACCUUCAGACAGACCUCUCAGCUCAUAGUUCAUCUCAGAAUCCACACGGGGGAAAAGCCCUAUGAAUGCAGCAAACAGUACGUAUGUCCGGAGUGUGGGAAAGCCUUUAGUCAGAGUGCAAACCUUACAGUACAUGAGCGAAUCCACACAGGAGAGAAACCCUAUAAAUGUAAAGAGUGUGGAAAAGCUUUCAGCCAUAGCUCUAACCUUGUUGUUCAUCGGCGAAUCCACACUGGACUGAAGCCCUACACAUGCAGCGAAUGUGGGAAAUCUUUCAGUGGUAAGUCCCACCUCAUUCGGCAUCAGGGAAUCCACAGUGGGGAGAAAACCUAUGAAUGUAAGGAGUGUGGGAAAGCUUUUAGUCGGAGUUCAGGUCUCAUUUCACAUCACAGAGUUCACACUGGGGAGAAGCCCUACACUUGUAUCGAGUGUGGGAAAGCCUUUAGCCGUAGUUCAAACCUUACUCAACAUCAGAGAAUGCACAAAGGAAAAAAAGUUUACAAAUGUAAAGAGUGUGGGAAAACAUGUGUUUCCAAUACAAAGAUUAUGGACCAUCAGAGAAUUCACACAGGGGAGAAGCCUUAUGAAUGUGACGAGUGUGGAAAAGCUUUCAUCUUAAGGAAGACCCUUAAUGAACAUCAGAGACUUCAUCGUAGAGAGAAACCUUACAAAUGCAAUGAGUGUGGGAAAGCUUUUACUUCCAAUCGAAACCUUAUUGAUCACCAGAGAGUUCACACUGGAGAGAAACCUUAUAAAUGUAACGAAUGUGGAAAAACCUUCAGGCAGACUUCUCAAGUUAUUCUACAUUUGAGAACCCACACUAAGGAGAAACCCUAUAAAUGUAGUGAGUGUGGGAAAGCCUAUCGUUAUAGUUCACAGCUUAUUCAACACCAGAGAAAACAUAAUGAGGAGAAAGAAACCUCAUAAAUAACAUGUAUUAUUAGUGGUGGGACUAAUUGCGACUUUUCAGAAAAGCAAUUUUCCAGUAUCAUCAACCUUAAUUCUAUUUCUAAGAAUCCAUACAGGGAAAGUAAUCAGAAGUAGACACAGAUUACCAGGAGAUAUUCAUGCCGCAUGGUAUAUCUCUGAAGGAAGAAAACUAGGUUUUCAACAGUACAGGGUUUACAUGAACGAUGGUCUAUCCAUAGAAUGGUUUUGCAGUCAUUGCAAACAUUUUCAAAGAAUAUUUAAUGUCAUGGGGGAAAUGACUUGGAUAAAAUGGACGAUAAAGAAAAAACAAUGAAAAAAACAACAAUGAAAUAUGAUCCAAAUUAAAAAAAAAUUAUGCACAGGAAAAAAAAAUGGAAAUGGAAUAAUACCAAAUGAAAAUGUUAACAGUGAUUCUCUCUGGGUGAUAGGAUUACAGGUGAUUUCUAUUUUCUUCUUUAUACUUUUUUAUGUUUUUUAGAUUUUUCUACAGUGAGAAUGUACUACUUUUAUAUUCAGGAAAAAAGUACAGUAUUUUUUUAAUGCAAUGAGUACAUGCUCAUUUGCGCUCAACAGUGUCAGGAAAGGCACGUAGACCACAGACCCUACAGUCCUGGAAUUGCACCCCAAUACUGGCACUUAGUAGCAGGGGAACCACGAACCAGUCACUUCCUUUUAGAGCCUGUUCCCUGUUUAGUAAAAUCAUAAACAUUAGUCAUUGGUUUUUUUCAGCUUUAAGAUAAACUGACUUUAUAGUUGUCAACAAAGUGUAUAAUCCACUUACUUAUUCACUGUUCGAUUAAAAGAACACAGCAAAAAUUUCCUGUCCUCCUCUCCCCUAUAGAAGGAUCUGCAGAUAAUAGAAAACUGCUGAGGCUCCAUCUUUUCAAUAUAUGUGAAUUAAACCAGAAAAAAAAAUGUAUCUUUAUGAAAUUGAAACAAUUGCAAGUUCAUAACCUUUAAAGAGAUAAAGUCGGCAUAAUCUAAAACUAGGGGAAGCCUGCUUUCACAGGUUAUGUAGAGCCUGGUCACUAAAAGUGUAGACUUUGGGGUCAGAGGUAUGUGUUCUAAUCCCAGAUCUGCUAUACACUAGCUUGUCAGCUUUGGACAUGCCACUUAGCUGCUCUCAGCCUCAGACAUAUCUGUAAAAAGGGAUUAAACUACCUACCUCAUAGGGUUGUUGUGAGGAUUAAAUGAGAUAAUGCAUGUAAUGUGUGACAAGCCCUGCACUGGGUAAAUAAUAAUUGCUUAAGUUUAGGACGUUGGAGCAGAGUUUCUAAACACUUAGCAAGAGCAAUUCAAGAAAAGUUUUACCUAAGGUAGCAUUUAGGAUAUUUUCAGGUAUAAUGAACACAAGGUCAAGUACUAGUAGCUUAAACCUUAAGAACAUUGUUUAUUUAAGGGGAAGUCUAGAGGUAAGCAGUUCCAAAUUUGGUCUGGCAGCUCAGCAAUUCAUCUAACUUCCACCUGAACGCCAUAAUUUUCAGCAUAUUGGCUUUCAUUUGUUGCCGCCUUAUUCUUGCAAGAUGGUGAUCACAGCUGCCAGCUCUUUCUUCACACAACUCCUUCAAACCAGGAAGUAAGGAAAGGAGCUGAGACAUCCUCAUCUGUUUCCUUUCUCCUCUUAUCAUUGAGAAAAGCCUUUCCCGGAAGAAUGAAAGGAUGCUGAGCAGUUGAUACUGCAGGUGCUCACUAGCUUCUGCCUUUCUUAAUGUCCAGCUCUCUGAGAAGGCCUUAGCACAUUUCCAAACAGUACUUUAAACUUUUAAGUGCUUAGCUCAAAAUCUGCCUGGGAACACUUAGAAUGUCCCCAUACUUACCUCAGCCAUUCCUCUUUCUUUAUAUACAGUGAGUCCUUAAGCCUAAUGCCAUUAAGCAUAUAAUGAUUUGUUUCAGGAAUUAUUGAGGAUAUGUUAUCUCAUUUAAUCCUCAUAAUAUUUGUACAAGAAAACUGAAUCUCAGUGAGGUUAGGCUAGGAAGUGGUUGGAGCCAGGAUUUGAACUCAGAUCUGACUUUGAAGUCCACACUGUCUUCCUUAUACCAAAGUGCCUCAGCCUGCCAUGGUGGUUCUAUAUGUGAGUGGGAGACCAGUUGGGAUUCUUCUGGGUAGCCACUUCUAUGAAAGGUGAGUGUAUCUGGACAAUUAUUUCAUCAUGAUUUCAUAAGGAAGAUGCGACCAGUCUUUUCUGAGUUCGAUUUAUGGCCUUGUAAUUUAGUUUUAAGGAUUACAUAUUUCUUCCUUGCUGUUACUGGAAAGAAAUGGGAAGAAUGAAGGAUAUAGUUGUGUAAAAAGGAAUUGUUUCAUUUUGUCCUAUUUUUAUAGGAAAGUGGCUUACACAUAAUUUUGUGAUAUAAUCGUCCCUUUCUGCAUACUUAUUCAAAGCAAGGUUUGGAGAUUCUGGAACAGAUUUGCUGCUUUCAGGGGAUAGGACUGAAUCUGAAUCAUCAGUCACGGUUAGGUAGGGACUUCCCCAAGAGUAGAUAAUCCCCGAGUGCCAAUGGCUAAAACAGAACAGCAGUAAGGGCAUUUCCAUCAUUUUUCCCUUGUCACGUGUCCUUUUAAAAUUAAAGGGGUUUGUAAUUAGUAUUCCAUGCCUUUGUCAUGCCAGCCAUCUUUACCUGCUGAUCACCUGUGUGGAUCACCACGGCUAAUGUCUACUGGCCCUGUCAAAACUGCUUUAGGGAAAGAGUUAGCUUCCUGUGUGCCUAUCAGGGGUUGUUUUUGAGCAUUAAUUGUUGGUAAACUAAGUUGUUGAUGCUUCCUGUAUUGCUGAGCAGGUAUUCUCUGACCAAAACAUUUUCCCAUCACUGCGUCAUAGUGUCUGGAAUUCUUUUUUCAAAUAAUCUUCCUUUUCAUCUUAAAAAACUUUGCGAUUGAUCUUGGAGAGUAAAUACCUCCAGGAAGGGUACCAUGUCAUCUCAAACCCAGAGAUAUGAAUACAAAUCUUCACAUUCCUUGCCCCAGGCAAGCUAAUAGACUAUUGAGGAGGCCCGCAUGCGUCUUCUAGGCUGAUCCCUGUCUUGAGCUGCAGGAGUAAACCUUCUCAAGUGGUCCCUCUGCCCUUUCAGAUAAAUAUUCUGCAAUAUAUUUUGAACUAAUUGCCCACCUUCCUCCAGGAGUCUACCAAGACUACUAGCUGUUUACUUUAGCCAGAGUUUAUAUAAGCAGUUCUUUCAAACCUUUUCAUGAUACCUUCUGGAAUUCAUGUCUCUUUGAAUAUGUUCUUUCAGCUUCCUGUUCUAAUGGAAACCAGGUUGUUCCGUUAUAGCAGUGCUUUCUCUGCAGUCCCUCAGUUGUUGAUUUUUGUUUCUCAACCCAUUUAUCUCUCUGUACUGCCAUUUCUUUGUUCUCCAUCAAAAUGUAUAUCAUUAAACUACCAUGUCUUACUCAUCCCUGGUCUUGUCAGCUACUGGCUUCCUGUGCACUCACAUUUAUUCAUUUAUGUUUUUAGUACCUUGAAUAUUCCUGAGGAAUAUGAAGAGGCAACAUUUUCAGGCACAGACAUCCUGGUUGUAUAGAAUUGCUCUUGUGUGAAAUAGAAAUAUAAAUGUCUCUUUUUAGUUGAGAGAAGAAGUGUGAGUUAAAGUUUCAUUUUUAUAUUGCCUUGGUUACAGGGGAAUAAGAAGACAAAGAAUCAAUGCAUAGAGAGGAGAGUGACUCCCUAGGCUCAGAGAUAGUUCUCAUUGAUGGUAUGUACUGUGUUAGACCUUACUUGGAUCUGAGAAGAAAAUUGAAAACCAAAAAGACCUUCAAAUAGCUGAGUAAUUCCAUUGAAUCUAAAUCCUAUUGGACUAAAUUUCAUUUCAGCUGUGUAUCUUCUGGAAGUGACAGACUUCCUUUUUUAAUUUUUUUUCCAUUCAAUAUAAAUAAAAUAAUAUACUCAUAUUGUUAAUUUAAAAAAAAAGAAAAUAGACUGUCUUUCCACUGAUGUUAUAAAACUGGAGUCAUCAAACUGUUUUUGCAGGAAAUAGUUAUAAUUCUGCCAAUAAAUAUCUGUUGUUAUUUA